AUGAUGCUUUCAACAAUUCCUACUCCAACUAUAACAACUUUAUCUGUUCGUACACCGAAAAAGAAAGGAACUCAAGAGGAAAUUCAUCACCAAAAAUCAAAAAAAGAACCAGGAGGAAUAAUUAAAGCUAAAAUGAAUAAAAAAAUCAAAAAAGAUUCGACACUUAAUGGAGAAACAUUACAACAAGUUUUAAUAAAAACAAAUGGUGAAUUUGUUGAACCAAUGAAUAUUGUUUUUGCAUCAUCAGUUAAACCUCAACAAUCAACAACAUCUUAUUCACAUAUUGCACUAGCAACAAAUUAA